GGAGGUCUUGCGUCAAGUUUGGGUGUGCCCCGUCACGUCAGAGGCUAUCCUCAGCCGCAGGAUGGUCGAGGGUGCAGCGAGGUAGCUGUUAGCUGAUGGUCUUUCACCUUUGCUGCCUCCCCGGUGAGGAUGCCGGUGAACGUCCAGCCCUCAUUGAGACCCAAAGCGCAGUGGAGACGGACGCUGUGGCCAUCCCGGACCAGGCAUGGAGCCCGGAUGGAUGUGGAGGCAGUCCAGCAGGUGUGCGGGACUCGGAGCCAGAGCCGGGAAGCUUCUUCACCGUGGGGGUGGAUACCGACCGGAGGCGGUUGCCAUUGGGCCUGGCGUUCGACUUCAUGGACAUCAAUGUCUGCUUGGUGGCCAAAGUUGCCUCUCCUUCUCUGAUCCAUUCAUGGAAUCAGAAAUGCGCUCCCCAUGAAGUGGUGAGACCACGGGACCGCCUGGUGAAGGUUAAUGGCCGCUGUGCCGAGGAUGCUGAGAGGCUGGCCAAAGAGCUGGCUGAGGGACUGGGGCACCAGGCGCACGCGUUGUUGGAGUUUCAGCAUCCAGUCGUUUCGACGGUAAAGAUUGUGAAGAAUGGUCAAGCCCUUGGUCUCAGCCUUCACUACGCCUUGUCAGAGAACAAGAUAGGGGGCCUUUGUGUCAAGAGCGUGAACGAAGGAUUGGUGCAGGCCCAAGGACUCGGCAUCACAGCCGGGCAGCGAGUGAUUUCCAUGGACGGCGAAGAAAUGUCGGUGGAGCAGAUGUUGCAGAAGCUGAGGGAAGCCAAGGAAUUUGCUCUCACCGUGCUCUCGUGGGAGGACACCCGCUCUUCCCACCAAGAAUGAGGAUGGCUGAGUGAAAAUCGGUCACUUGCAGAUUUGCCGCGAUCCAUACAAUCAACUUGCCCUUUGAGGACAACAAGGGAAAGCGGAUAGACGG